AAACAAUAGACAUUUGAAAGCUGAGGUCCAUCUGAAGUCCAAAUUGGCCAAGAAAGUUCUAAAUGUACAAGAAAGUGACGUCGCAUUAAAAAUAACAGAAUCUGCUUCCCCCGUACAGUUAAGAGAGAUUGACUGUUCUCCAACUCCGAGCAUGAGAAAAACCAUAUCAGAGUCUGUAAGUGAUAAUUCUCCAGCAGAAUGUCAAAGGAAAUCCUUAUUAUCUCCUAACAUUUCCAGUGCAGCUGAUUCAACAGAGCCUCUUUCCUCUUUAUUCUCUUUUAACUUGAAUGAGGACACACAUAAAGAUGUAUCCUGUUUGGGAAAUGAGAUUGACUGCUGUGCAUUUAAAAGUGAACAAAACUUGCCAAGUAGAUGGAAUAUGACAGGGAUUGCAGAUGUCCAACAAGGCAGCUUGUCCGUAAUGGAGAAGAUAGAUGAUGAUAAACCUUGCUCAGAUGGAAACCCUUCAAAAAUGUUUUCACAGAAUACUUCGCAUGAAGAGAGAGCUGUAACUUGUGUGGACAUUUUAAAAUCUCAAACUUGUCAAAUAAGAAUUGCUAGUCCUUUAAGCGAGACACAUUUAGAGACUGAAUGUAACAUGAGGGAAAAUACUGUUGUUUCUGAUGGAAUAGGUGAGGGACAUAUUCAAAACACUAGUGAGAUGUUAAUGGUGAAUGCCUCUCUUAUAAAACCAGAUAAUUCAACUCAGGAAUCUGAAGGUAAGAAAGAGAAGAGUGUGAAUGAAGAUGGCGCCGUAGAAUUUGAGAAUAAUGGUGAACAUGUAUUAAACGAUUUAGCCACCAGAUCAAUUGAACACAUUUUCAAUGAACAUUCAACCCCAAAUGCUUUAUCAGAUAUGUCAGAGAUAUCUCUUCCCACUGCUGAAAGCCAGGGCACAUUCUCAGAAAGUGGAUCCAAAGAUCCAGAGAACAUUGUUCUGGAAGCAGAUCAAAUUCCAUCCCCUGUGUUUGCAAUCUCCUCAUUUUGGAAUGAAAUGGAAAAGUUAACCAUCAAUGACAUUUUGCGUCUGCGGAUGAUCGGGAGUGCCCAGCACCCCAGUGUUCUGACCCAGCCAGAUGAUAGAAGCGUCGCAGACACUACUGACGCUGCAGACUCCGGUUACUUUACACAACCGGAUGACUCUAAACCAGAGCGCUUGAGUGGAGACAUGUCUUUCAUAUCUGAUUUAGAUGAAGAUCUCGAACUGCUUCAAACUCAAAUUUCAUUGAAGCGAGAUGACGAGCCAUGUGGGUUUCCCAGCAGAUCUUCUAGUGUGACAUGGGAGAAUGAUUCCGAUCAAGCUAUGGUGGGUGAGGAUGUGGUGUACAUCAGCUCGGAAGCCGCUCUUCCUGAAAAUCUCUUUGCAGCUGAUGCCCAACAGUGCUUCAGAAAAAUGUGCAAGAAUAUUAGCGUGCAGAACCUGCAAGAUCUGGAGGCUCAACCGAUCAGACAAAUGUUAAGAAAUGCUUCGCUGCUUUCGAUACAUUCAGAAGCAGAGGAUCCUUUCUACCACGUGAACACGUCAUACCCGACAUGCUUGUCUGAAGAUGAGGACAUGGAGAGCGGUGGCAUCACGUUUUCUGAAAUAAUCCAGUAUUUCUUCAGUGAUGGUGAACCUGAACGGUGUUCUUCACAUGCAGACAAUGACACCACCGCGUCCCACCUUGAGGAAUCAGGCACAUCUGUGCCAGAGAUGUAUGAUCAUUUCUUCUCAGAGUUUGAUUCUGGAAAUUAUUUUAAUCCCUUCGAAAAUGAUCAAAUGGUACCCAUUUUCUCCUGCACCCGCUCUAAUAGAAACCUCCAGUUUCCAGAAGCGUAUGAUUAUUUUUUCCCUGAUUCCCCUGUCCAGUCAGAUGAAGAUGAUGAUAAUGACUAUUCACCCAUCAAGGUGGCGUCACGAUAUGACCAGAAGUCUUGCAACAACUAUUCUGUUGCAUCAACAGACAUGUAUGAGCACUUCUAUCCCGAAGACACUUUUGAUAGCAACCUCCUCUGGGCAAACCCGUUUUCACUCAGAAGGGUUCGACGCACUGACCCUGCAGUCCCUGAAGAGAAUUCCUGGGCCCUCACUCCGGUGAAGCCCUUUCACAAAGGUAUACAGUCAAUCACUGUGAUAGGCCCUGAUGACAAACCCUUUCCAGAUUCAUUGUACCUAAACCUGGAGAACCACAUCUUCCAGCAGCUGGCUGAGCAACAGAAGAAAUGUAUUGAGAUGCAGACUGUUGUUGCUGACCCAAGAUUCGAUGCCCCAUUCUUGCCUCUUAGACAGGCAGACAUGUGCUUGGUUUGUAUUGCAUUUGCCUCCUGGGUUCUUAAAUCGGCUAGUCCAGGAGCAGACACCUGGAAAGCUGCUCUCCUGGCGAAUGUCAGUGCGCUCUCGGCCAUACGAUACCUGCGUAGACACAAGAGGGAGGAGGUCUCUGGAAAAACUCCUCUGCGUCAGAUAGAGCCCGCAUAAGCCCAUUAUAGCUCAGCCAAUACUCACAGAUCUCAUUUCAAUCACAUCACACUUUUUCCAUGUGAUCCUAAAGAGCGAUGGUGAAUGUCAUACACAUGCAUGCAGGUAAUUUUUCGUCUUUCUAGUAGGAUUAAUUUACACUGUGGUAUUGUAACUCAGAAAACUACUGUAUACAGUAGUUGCAACAAAAUUAUAAAUGUGACUAAGCCCAGUGGCAGUCUUGUUCAUAAUAUUCUUUGGGUGACAUUGUGUUUUCUUCAACAACAUAUGGAUACUAAGCAUAAGCAAAUUUAAUGUAAGAAAUGACCAAAGCCUUUCAAAGAUGUGUUGUGAAAGAGCACUGGUAGGUUUAUUGAUGUG